UUUUAGUUCAGGGAAGGCUGGUGGAGAGCCUAGUAGGCUGCAGCUUGAGCCAACAGGCUGCUCCGUUUGCUGCGUGAAGAGCAAGAUCGGACUGCAGGGUGGGACGGCUGCGCCUCGGCCUCCUCAGGUGGAGGGAGGACCAGGCCGAUGGCUGCUGCUGACGAUGUGGAGAUGGAGACUGUGAAUCUGAAUACGGAGAGAGCGGGGAAGGAAGAGCUGGAGGAGGAGAAGAUGAGGGAGGACGGCGAAGGUAAAGACUUCCCCAGGAGCAGAAAGGUCCACAGGAUUGUCUCAAAAUGGAUGCUUCCAGAGCCAGUCCGAAGAACAUACCUGGAGCGAGCCAACUGCCUCCCGCCGCCAGUCUUCAUCAUCUCCAUCAGCCUGGCUGAGCUGGCCGUGUUUGUUUACUAUGCCGUGUGGAAGCCUCAGAAGCAGUGGAUCACUCUGGACAAGGGGAUCUUGGAAAGUCCCUUAACUUACCUCCCCGAGAAGAGGGAAGAAGCCUGGAGGUUUAUCUCAUACAUGCUGGUCCACGCCGGAGUCCAGCACAUCGUGGGCAAUCUUUUCAUGCAGCUCGUUCUGGGCAUCCCCUUGGAAAUGGUCCACAAAGGCCUCCGAGUGGGGCUGGUGUACCUGGCAGGAGUCCUUGCAGGGUCCCUCGCCAGCUCCAUUUUUGACCCCCUUAAGUCUCUCGUGGGUGCUUCAGGAGGAGUCUAUGCACUGAUGGGAGGCUAUUUUAUGAAUGUUAUAGUGAAUUUUCGAGAAAUGAUUCCUGCCUUUGGGAUCUUCAGACUGCUUGUCAUCAUCCUGAUAAUUGCGCUGGAUAUGGGAUUUGCUCUUUACAGAAGGUUCUUUGUCCCUGCAAAUGGGUCUCCGGUGUCCUUUGCUGCGCACAUCGCGGGCGGAUUUGCUGGGAUGUCCAUAGGUUACACCGUGUUCAGCUGCUUUGACAAGACACUGCUCAAAGACCCCAGGUUCUGGGUGGCAAUUGCUGCCUAUGUCAUGUGUCUCUUAUUUGCUGUGUUUUUUAAUGUCUUCCUGUCCCCAGCGAACUGACUCACCUCUAAUAUAAGUUUAUUAAAAGUGCCACAUGGUGGGGAAAUGGAAAACGUGAAGAAACUCAGACAUCCCAGCAUAAAGAAGAUGGGACAGCACCCGAUUCAUCACCUCUGAGGGGAGCUUCCAAUAGGAAAGAGAGAAAGCUAGGAACCAAAGACUGAGUCUUUCAUGCAUAGAGUAUGCAUGUAUUAUCCUAUGACGGAGACUUAUAUCUUGUUUGAUAGACUCCACGAGAACUGUGUUAUCCUGAGAAUAAACCCUUUUCAUAUCUAUGUUGGACUCUUGGUUCUUGUGGCUCUGAGGCAGAGCCUCCUGUAUCCCAGGAUGGCCAAGAUCUGGUUAAAUCCAAGGAGAAGAACCUAGAACUCUGGUCUCUGCUUCCAUUAUUGCAGCUGGGAUUUCAGGUUGUGUGCUCUCACCCCAGGGCCUCCAACCUUAGAGCUGGCACUCCACCUACACCCACUAAGCCACACCCCCAUGCCAGACUCUUUUUCUAAUGAAUCCCUGUUUUUUUUGUUUUGUUUUUGUUAUUUUGUAUGUAAUAAAUUACAUUAUGCAAUCUAUUUCUGGGAGUAUUUAACAUCCCUUUCUGUUUAACAUAUCCUUUAGCAUUUGAUUUGAUUUUUCUAUAAAUGCCUGCCAUGUAGAAUUGUGUGUUAUACCUGCAAUAUGCUUUAUAUUAUAAUAAGCAAAAAGCUGUUUCAUUUACGUAGAGAAAUAAGCUGGAGAAUUGCCUGUCUUUAUUUGUACAUGUUUAUUCAUGUUGGCCAUAGCUUCUAGCAAAUGUAUGAUUACCAAAUCAGCAUUUUCUGAACUCAAAGCAGUUGCCCAUGGAAAACCUGAAUAGGUAUCAAUGGUGUGGUGUGCAUAUUUUAGUUCUCCAAAUUCAACAGAAUAGAAUAUAUUCAUAUACCAGAUUUUGUAGACAGAAGUUUCUGUAUUGCCUGGUCCCGUAGCCAUUUUGUCCCUAAGAAACACACAGAGACUUAUAUUAUAUAAACUGUUUGGCCUAUUAGCUCAGGCUUUUUAUUAGUUUUUUUUUUA